AUGACAAGUUCUGACUUUGAAUUAUUUUCCUCACCUAAGGCGCUAUUUGUAACAAUAUGCGAAUAUUUAUCUGUUUACUUUUCUCCCAUUCAAUUCGAUCCUUAUGAUAUUCAUGGUCAUUCUCAUGAUACUGCAGCAACUCUUUCAGCCAACCGAGUAACUACAGUACAUUGGAUAAUACUAUUUCACGCCCCGCCGGAAUACGUGUCACUACGGAAGAACUAUCUGUCCAUGAGCACCACAAAAGUUGUCAUUUUCAAAAGUUAUAACAGCAGUCAUUUUGCACCCAGAAUUCCUGCUGUGGUUAGUUGUUCCUCAUUUCAACACCAAAAAAGUGAUUACAGCAUUUUAUUCACAAUAAUUUAUGCAUAA